AAGAAAAGAAAGGAUUAAGGAUCUGCCGCUGCUGCUGUGGCCACUAGGGGAUUUGAUUUGAGUGAAAAUUACUACUCUGUCUUGAGAAAUAAAUUGGUGGACGACGGCAGACAAUCGUCGGUUCCAUACAUUCACGUCUCUGAUGCCCGGACCCGUUAUGCUGCUGGAUAUUUAGCAAAUGGAAUACAGAAGAAUCAAGGAUCUGCAGGACAAAGCUGGAGAGGAAGUUCAUUCUCACAACAAUGAUGAAGAGAGCUUGCGUGGUUCCAAAUCCGAUUCUAUCUCUACUGGCUCCGGCGAACUAUCAAAGUGGAAACGCAAGUCAAUUGUAACACUUGCGUUGACUGUCCUUACGAGUUCACAAGCUAUACUCAUUGUCUGGUCCAAAAGAGCUGGAAAGUAUGAGUACAGUGUUACCACUGCCAAUUUUCUGGUAGAGGCCUUAAAGUGUGCAUUUUCACUUGCAGCCUUGGCAAGAAUCUGGAGAAAUGAAGGUGUUACUGAUGAUAACAGGUUGAGUACAACGCUGGAUGAAGUUAGUGUUUACCCUAUUCCUGCUGCUCUUUACCUCAUAAAGAAUUUAUUACAGUAUUACAUCUUUGCAUAUGUUGAUGCUCCGGGAUAUCAGAUAUUGAAGAAUUUUAACAUUAUCAGCACCGGUGUAUUGUAUCGAAUUAUUCUGAAGAAAAAGCUAAGUGAGAUUCAGUGGGCUGCUUUUGUCUUAUUGUGUGCUGGGUGCACAACUGCACAACUUAAUCCUAGCUCUGACCAUGUUCUUCAAACUCCCUUUCAAGGUUGGCUCAUGGCCAUUGUUAUGGCUCUUCUUAGUGGUUUUGCUGGAGUGUACACAGAGGCUAUCAUUAAAAAACGACCUUCAAGGAACAUCAAUGUGCAGAACUUCUGGUUGUAUGUCUUUGGAAUGGUCUUCAAUGCUAUUGCAAUACUGGUUCAAGAUUUUGAUGCAGUGGCUAACAAGGGAUUCUUUCAUGGAUAUUCAUUAAUUACAGUUCUCAUGAUUCUCAACCAUGCACUCAGUGGAAUUGCUGUGUCAAUGGUCAUGAAAUAUGCGGACAACAUCGUGAAGGUUUAUGCUACUUCAGUUGCAAUGCUGCUAACAGCAAUUGUGUCUGUAUUUUUAUUUGGAUUUCAUCUCUCCCUUGCAUUCUUUCUUGGUUCCAUUGUUGUUUCUGUCUCAAUAUAUUUGCAUUCUGUUGGGAAGGUCCAGCGGCAGCAAUGAUUUUUCACCUUCUCGGUCUAUUAUUUUGAGCUCUUGUUUAGGAGCUAACGCAUUUUUUUUUUUUUUAGUUAUUUAGUUACCGAUCAGAUAAUCAGAUAGCAUCCAUCGAACUUCAAUUUUGGUUUUGCAUUUUUGUUUAGAUUUGUAUUUUGAUAUUUUUAUCAUUUACUGAAAUCGUUUUGGAGAGGCCUCCAUCCGCUACUUUGUGCUUGAUUGGUACGAGUUGCAAGCAUUUGAUCGUGUUACUCUUUGUCCU